ACAACAACAAGGAGCCGUGCUCGGAUCAGACAGGCAGCACUUUCAGGCGGAUUUCUCGCUGUCAUUCGCUGUCGAUGUUUGAUCAAUGUGCUGCCAGGGAGAGCCGAAGCCGAGCGAUCCUCCUCCUCCUCCUCCCGCUCUCCAUCUCCUAACUUUGUAGUAGACUUGGGAAGACACAACGUCAGCCCCUCCGAGGAAUCACACAGCCCGAGAGCUGCGGCGGCAUCGCGGGGACCAAUCAGCGCUGUGCUCGGUGUCCCUCUGAUGGUAGAGCCGUGCCCCGUGUACCCCGGUGUGCCCCGUGCCCGGUGCCCCGUGCAGGAAGUUUGUUGUGUAGUAAGUCCCGUCGGUGUAUCGGAGUAUAUUGGGAGGUCCUCUUAUGUGACCAUGGCCGUGCCGGCUGCUUUGAUCCCACCGACUCAGCUGGUGAUCGCUACGUCCGCACCGUCCUCAUCCACCAGCUCGUCUUCUUCUUCUCCCACCCCAUCGAUCACCCCUUCUUCCUCCGGUCCCAACCUCUACAGACCGGAGCCCAUCGCGGCCACCACCGUCACAUCCAGCCUCAGCAGCCCCCCUCUCACCAACAUCUCCAGCACUAGCAGCAAUCUAGCCGCCGGGGCUGGAGGGAACAACUGCAGCAGCAACAGCCCCAGCUUGGCCACCACCACCAACAACAACAUCAGUCACCACCACAACCCUCUACCCAACACCCCCAGCACCUCCACCAGCACCACCAGCACAUGUACCAGCAGCAGCUGCAGUGCCCCCAACCCCAACCUGCCUGGCAAGCCUGUGUACUCCACUCCAUCCCCAGUGGAGAACAUCCCUCAGAACAAUGAGUGCAGGAUGGUGGACCUAAGAGGGGCCAAGGUGGCCUCCUUCACCGUGGACGGUUGCGAACUCAUCUGCUUGCCCCAAGCCUUUGACCUCUUCUUGAAGCAUUUGGUCGGUGGGCUGCACACCGUUUACACCAAGCUCAAGAGGCUGGAGAUCACGCCGGUGGUGUGCAACGUGGAGCAGGUGCGGAUCUUGAGAGGAUUGGGGGCCAUCCAGCCAGGGGUCAACCGGUGCAAACUCAUUUCCAGGAAGGAUUUUGAGACCCUGUACAACGACUGUACCAACGCCAGCUCCAGACCAGGGAGGCCUCCUAAAAGGACACAGAGUGUUACAUCACCCGAAAAUCCACAUAUAAUGCCUCACAGUGUGCCUGGCUUAAUGUCUCCUGGAAUGAUUCCACCCACAGGUCUAACAGCAGCAGCUGCUGCAGCAGCCGCUGCUACCAAUGCUGCAAUAGCUGAAGCAAUGAAGGUUAAAAAAAUCAAGUUAGAAGCUAUGAGCAACUAUCAUGGCAGCAAUACACAACACGGGGCAGACUCUGACAAUGGGGAUCUCAACUCAAGUGUCGGGAGCAGUGAUGGUUCUUGGGAGAAAGAAAAGCUUCAGUCUCUCCCUACCCAAGGAUCACAAGCCUCUGUAAACCAUCCCAACUUGCCUGGACAGCAUAACCUUCCAGUUACUCAUCCUCUCAACUCUCUUCAACAGAAUCACCUGCUACCAAAUGGUCUGGAACUUCCAUUUAUGAUGAUGCCUCAUCCUCUUAUCCCUGUAAGCCUACCUCCAGCUUCUGUUACGAUGGCAAUGAGCCAGAUGAAUCACCUCAGUACAAUAGCAAGCAUGGCUGCAGCCGCACAAGUACAAAGUCCACCAUCCAGGGUUGAAACUUCAGUAAUUAAGGACAGUGGCAGUGAUGCCAUAUUUUCUUACUCUAUGGGUGCCAGUGCAAUUCUGCUUGAUGAGGGACAACUAAGACCAUAUAUAAAAUGGAAGGAAAGGUGUAUGGCUAAGUGGGACUCUCCUUUACGGCCAGAAGCAAGAAAAAAACAUAGAAUUGAACGAGUUCCAGAUAGUCCUUCCCCUGCACCUUCCCUUGAAGAUGGGCGAAGACCUGGAAGUCACCCUUCAUCCCACAGAAGUAGCAGUGUUUCUAGCUCCCCAGCAAGGACUGAAAGUUCCUCAGACAGAAUACCUGUCCAUCAAAAUGGCUUGUCAAUGAACCAGAUGUUGAUGGGAUUGUCUCCAAAUAUUAUACCGGGUCCAAAAGAAGGUGAUCUUGCCGGUCAUGAAGCUGGGCAUGAGGCAAAAAGGAUACAUAUGGAGAAAGAUGAGACCCCGCUCUCAACACCAACUGCAAGAGACAGCUUUGACAAAUUCUCUCUGUCUGGGCAUGGGCAACAUCUACCUCCUGGUUUUCCUUCACCUUUUCUCUUUCCUGAUGGGUUGUCUUCUAUAGAAACACUUCUGACUAAUAUUCAGGGCUUGUUAAAGGUUGCCAUUGAUAAUGCCCGGACUCAAGAAAAGCAAGUACAAAUGGAAAAGACUGAACUGAAGAUGGAACUUUUCAGGGAACGAGAAUUGAGGGAAACCCUAGAAAAACAACUAGCAGUAGAACAAAAGAACAGAGCAAUAAUCCAAAAGAGACUUAAGAAAGAAAAGAAAGCAAAAAGGAAAUUGCAGGAAGCAUUAGAAUUUGAGACAAAAAGAAGAGAACAGGCUGAACAGGCACUAAAGCAGGCAGCAUCAUCAGAAGGGCUCAGGGUCCUUAAUGAGGCUUUGACCCCAGAGAUGGAAUCGGACCGCAACGGGGGCAGAACAGAUGCUGAAAGGACAAUACAAGACAGCAGACUGUAUUUAAAGACGAGUGUUAUGUACUGAAUUAAAACAUACAACAGCAGAAGGCCUUGCAGGAACAUACUGUAGACUAAUUGAGAAAUCCGAAGUCUGUGAAUGCUUUGAAAGCAUAAAAAAGUUCCUUUUUGCAUACCAAUGUUCUUCAAGUACACUGCAAUGUCAGGCUGGAGACCUGCAACUACUGGAGAGUCUGUUUUAUAACUGUGUCAGUAGCGCUCCUUUUGUUGGAUUUCCUAUGAGAUGCUGCUGGAAUGUUGAAAAGACUGUGAUUAUCAACAAACAAGACCCACUGUACUUCAUUUUUUUAUGAAACUUGUCUGACAUUUCUCUGAGCACACCAGACCCUUCUAGCAGCAGCCACUUGGGUAACCUUUACAUUUUAUCACACCUAAACCAGCAACAAUGCUUAGAUGUGAAACAUUUUGAAAUUAAAGAAUUUUUAAAGGGCAUGCACUAAAAUGGAAAAGUUGAAAAAUAAAGAAAAUCACAUAACUGCAGCUGAAGUUUUUAAAUGGUAACCAUAUUUUCUUCUUACCUGAACACUUUUAUUCUACAAUGAAGAGCGCUUACUCUUUGAAACCGAACUACUGUAUUUAAUGAGAAGAACUCUUUUGCUGAAUGUAAACAUUCUAUUUUAAGUUCAUGAGAUUGCUCUUCACAACCAAACAAUAGAACUUCUUCAGUACUGUUGGGUUCAGGAAAAAAACACUUUGUUUAUUAUUAUGGCAGGCCACAUGUACAUAGACACGGUCACAAGGAAGAUAUUAUGUAUGCAGUAGACUACUAGUGUUUAGGAAGAUAAUUUUAGACAAUGUUUGGUCACUCUGUUGGUUCUAAAGAAGCCUUUAUAGUUCUAACGCAUGCAGGCAUGUACAUAUUUGUCCUGAGGUCACAGUAUUAAUUGAAAAAAAAAAUAAGAAUCUGGUGACAAGAUGAACUUACUUCAGCCACUUUUUAUUUGUAUAUUAAGUCUUUUAUUCCCUUAUUCAUCAUAAGUAGGAUUCAAAUGUGGCUGAUCAGCAAAUCGAGUCACCAGAAAUAUUUUUAUAUAAUCUUGUCAAUUUUCAUUCAGAUUUCUUUAAAAUUAACUAAAACCUUAACACUUGAUAUACCUUUCCACUAAUGUUGAGUAUUGACUUGACAGUUUUCUGUCUGCUCACUACUGUAUGGUAUUAUCACUGCCCAUCUUAUUAUUGUGUCUGUACAUUUUAGUGUAAAGGGGAGCUUUUUUGUCUUUUUUGAUGUGGUAAAUAAAAGUUUGCAUUUUCACCAUGUUCAACUGGAAAUAAAUCAGACAUACAGCAGAUAGAUUUUUCCACUUCCUUUUGUAACCUCUGUGUACCCCUUUAAAGACUGAGCUCAUAAAUUAGUUCCAGGGAGUGUACAAAUUUUUAGUUUCUACACAUAUCUAGUUUUAUGCACAUAAAAUGUAAUUUAUUUUGUUAUAACACAUUAAAGGUUGUUUUUAAUGUCAAGAUUGAAAUUUUAUUCCUGUAAAGUUUCAUUUCACCUUGAUAAAUAAGUAUUGCUUGUGUUUUAAACAACUGGAGCUUGUGAAGUCUUCCAUGAUGUACUCUGACAUAAAUUUUCUGUGCAAGAAGCAGAACUCUACAUUUCAAUUCACCAAUGUAAUUUUGAAAUAAAAAAAAUUGUAUAUACAAUUUCACAUUCAUUUUUUAUGAACCAAGCAAUAUUUUCAAUAAAACAUUAUUAAUACUUUGUAAUA